GCGAGAGAGAAGGAGAAAGCGGACAGCGAGCGCCUUCCGAGAGUUUUGCGGAGGAGCCGUGCGGAGGGAAGCUGUGGGUGGGAGCGGGCUGCAGGAAGAAGCGACGUGGAAUCCGGCGCUCUCCUUGUCUGCUUAACUCCUUCCCUACUUCGCACGGUAUCUAAAAUUUUCAGCAGCCUGAAUCAAGCAGCAGCAGAAUAACUUUGACCAAUCAUCCAUCAUGAAUGUAUUUAACGAAGGUUGAAUAACAUAAAAGAAGAUCAUGGGGAAUUCUUAUGCGGGGCAACUGAAAUCUGCCCGUUUUGAAGAAGCUCUUCAUAACUCCAUAGAGGCCUCCCUCAGGUGUAAUAAUGUGGUUCCUCGGCCCAUCUUCUCCCAGCUCUAUCUUGAUCCUGAGCAGCCUCCUAUUUUGCCAGAAGAUGUGAAACCAACAGUUGAAGAGCUAGACAAAGAAUUGAUGCAUCGUUAUACCCAGAAUGGAAGUUUGGAUUUUUCCACCAGCCAGACUAUUAACGAAACAGAAGAUGAGGAGGAUGAAGACAUGUCUGAUUCCAAUAGUCCGCCAAUCCCAUAUGCACAAAAACCUGCCCCAGAAGGAUCUUGCACUACCGAUGGUUUUUGUCAAGCCGGCAAAGAUUUGCGAUUAGUAUCGCUGCGUAUGGAACAGAUUGAUAUCCCACCAGGCUUCCUGUUGGUUGGAGCUAAGUCUCCAAAUCUUCCUGAGCAUAUUCUAGUCUGUGCUGUUGAUAAAAGAUUUCUGCCAGAUGACCAUGGAAAAAAUGCACUUUUAGGUUUUUCUGGAAAUUGUAUAGGCUGUGGAGAAAGAGGAUUUCGAUAUUUCACUGAAUUUUCAAACCACAUUAAUCUGAAACUCACCACUCAGCCAAAGAAGCAGAAGCACUUAAAAUACCUCCUAGUACGAAAUGCUCAAGGUGUGCUGUCAAAGGGACCUCUUAUAUGUUGGAAAGAAUGUAGAAGCAGGCACUCUUCUGUUGCUAGCCAUUCUGCUAAUCCUAGUUCAUCAGCAUCUCCAUCUGUGACCCCUGAGAGUGGAACAGCCAAUGGAUACAAGCCAGGGUUCACCCAGACAGAGUCCUCGGUAUUCAGUGAAGCACAGUCUUCCUCUGCUGUUAAUUUAAGUGGAAUUCAAGAUUUGACUCGGAAUAAGAACAUAGUGAGACCACUUGCUCUGCCUGGGCAACUUGUAGGAAACACAUUUGCAACAGCUACCCUGACAAGUUCUGGCCCACCGAAGAAACGACACCGAGGAUGGUCUCCUGGAUCCCCAGUCCCUCCUCCUGGUGUAAUUGUGCCUGUUCCUGCCAUCCGGCCUCUUCCGAGAGCAGAGCCUCUUUUAUCUGUCCCAGUUCCGCAAUCAAUGUUAACUGGAAUUUUACAGCCUCAACCCAUCCCUGCAGGGGAGACUGUAAUAGUUCCUGAAAAUCUGCUGAUUAACUCUGGAAUCAGACCAGUGAUUCUAAUAGGUUAUGGCACUUUACCUUAUUUUUAUGGGAAUGUUGGAGAUAUUGUAGUAAGUCCAUUACUCGUGAAUUCCUACAAGAUUCCUCAGCUGGAAAACAAAGAUUUGGAUCUUUUUGGUUUAACUGGGAAUCAGUUACUAAGUGUGGAGAACAUGAUUAUUUUAACAAUACAGUAUCUUGUGUGGCUAGGUCCUGAUAAGAUACCUCUCAGGGAAGAAUUUGAACAGAUCAUGCUGAAAGCUAUGCAGGAAUUUACUUCAAGGGAACAGUCCUUACAAAUGAAUGUGCCAAGCAUCUCCUUGUCACCAGCUCAACUUCCAUGGCUUGCCAAGUUAAUUGCUAGUGUUUCCCAAGACAUGGUACAUGUGGUGGUUACUCAGAAUUCCUUGGCUGAAGGCAUUUCUGAAACACUGCAGUCACUGACUGAAAUGAAGCACCAACAGAGGGUGCCAGAUUAUGUGGUUGCUAUCUGCACCUCGAAGAUCAGAGGAAGUGAGUUCUGUGUGGUAGUUUUAGGUCAAUACCAGUCCAGAGCUCUGGCAGAGAGCAUGCUUACCACCAGUGAGUUUUUAAAGGAGAUUAGUUAUGAGCUCAUUACAGGAAAAGUUGGUUUUCUGGCAUCACAUUUCAAAAACACAUCUUUAGGUGACGAGUUGGACAAGUUAUUAGAGAUGAUGCAACAGAGACGGGGAGAUAAUGUUGUCAUUCCAUUCAGCGGAGAUGUUAACGAGUGUGUAUCAUCUCAAGAAGCAGCCAGCAUGGUUUCCACUCAAGUCCUGGACUUGGAUACUGAAACAUUCCAGAUUUAUCAACCACAACUCACAGUUGCCAGAAAGCUCUUGUCACAAGUGUGUGCCAUAGCAGAUAGUGGCAACCAAAGUCUGGAUCUGGGCCACUUCAACAAAGUAGAUUUUAUUGUUGUCAUUCCUCGUUCAGAAGUCCUUGUUCAACAAACCAUCCAGCGGAUUCGACAAUCAGGUGUUCUUGUAGACUUGGGACUUGAAGAAAGUGGAACAGCUUACCAAAGAGCAGAAAAAUAUGUUAUGCAGCUUGACAAUGAGGUCCAAACCAAAUUUGAUAGUUUCAUGAGACGAGUGAAACAGAAUCCAUAUACUCUUUUUGUGCUUGUACAUGACAAUGCCCAUGUAGAUUUAACAAGUGCUAUCUCAAGCUCACUGUCUCAUGGAGAGCCUAGUCAAGGACUUGCUGAUAGAGUGAUAAACUGCAGAGAAGUCCUUGAAGCUUUCAAUCUCCUUGUCCUCCAAGUGAGUUCUUUCCCAUAUGCCCUUCAGACUCUCCAAUCCAGAAUCAACUCAGCAAAUGAGGUGCACUGGAUACAGUUUGGCAAUAUGGAGGAAAUAACCCAAGAUGAGAAAUUGUAUUUUGGGUUGAAUGAAUACAGCAAGUCUCUGCAGUGGGGAAUCACAAGCCCUCUUCUUAGAUGUGAUGAAAUUUUUGAAAAGAUGGUGAAUACACUCUUAGACAGGUAUCCCAGGCUGCACAGUAUGGUGAUUCGCUGCUAUCUCCUCAUUCAGCAGUAUUUGGAAGCCUUGAUGGCUCUCACUACCAUGGCCUCACUAAGAGACCACAGCACACCAGAAACGCUCAGCAUAAUGGAUGACAUCAUCACUGCUCCUGGCAAGGAUAAGAAUGGCUGUGGCCACAUGUUAGUGAUCCGAAUUCCUUCUGUGCAACUGGCAAUGCUGGCAAAAGAGAGGCUGCAAGAGGCACGAGAUAAACUAGGUCUGCAGUAUCGUUUUGAGAUAAUUUUGGGAAACCCAGCUUCAGAGCUUAUGGUUGCCAAGCACUUUGUGAAAAGAUUAAAGGCAUGGAGAGGAAAUGAAGAUGAUGAUUGGUUUCCUCAUACUUACCAAGACUUAGAAGGUCUACCUUGUAUUGUUGUUUUAACUGGCAAGGAUCCAUUAGGAGAAACAUUUCCCAGGUCUUUGAAAUACUGUGAUCUUCGACUGAUUGAUUCAAGCUAUUUAACUCGCACAGCCUUAGAACAAGAAGUAGGCCUAGCAUGCUGCUAUGUUUCCAAGGAGGCAAUUCGAGGGCCUAUUGUAGCUCUUGACCUUAGUGAAAAGGAGCAAGAGAAGACCAGCAUUGGUGAGAAUGAUACUGAUGAACUGUUGAUUGACUUGGAGAGGCCACAAAGUAAUAGCAGUGCUGUGACUGGAACUUCAGGUUCUAUAGCAGAAAAUGGAGUGAGCUCCUCUAGUGCCACAGACAAGUCUCAGAAACAGUCACUGUCUAUGAACUUCCAGAAUGUUGCUACUAGCUCUGUUGAUGAAGGCUUUGCUGCUGGGGAGCCUUUGAAACAAGAAUGUGACUCUCUAGCCAACCAGAUAGCCAGCAGUACCACGUCUAAAUUGGCAUCAGCUUCCCCUUUGGUCAGCCAGACCUUCCGAUGGCCUAACCAGCCAGCGAAAAAUUGCAAGACAUCGCACAUAUGCUUACCCCGAAUUGUGAUCUUGUCAAAAGCUGCUUAUUGCCUCCUUGGCUCACAGAAAAGUGGGCAGACACCUUUUUCUUCUGCUUUGUUACCUCAUGCCGACGUGUCUUGGGUGAGCUCGUUAAGGCCUUUGCUUCACAAGGAUAUGACCAGUGAAGAGCAAUCUCUUUACUACCGACAGUGGACUGCUGUACGGCAACACCAUGCAGACUACAGCAACCAUGGUGAAACCACUAGCAGCAGGAGUUUUCAUCCACGACGGCUACUUCUUACAGGGCCACCUCAGGUUGGGAAAACUGGCUCUUAUUUGCAGUUCCUACGAAUUCUCUUUAGAAUGCUGAUCAGAUUGCUGGAGAUAGACGUGUAUGAUGAGGAAGAUAUUAAUAUCAGUCAUGUGGAAGAAAAUGAAGUUGCCCAGGCUAGCAGUGAUCAGUGGCCCGACAUUGAACUUGUCAGGAAAAUGAAUUUUGAUUUCAGUGUGCAUGAUCCCAAAUAUGUUCUUAUGAGUCCAGUCUACACAGAGCAACUGCAAAAAAUAAAGGAACCCAACAGAGAAAUCAAAGUUGAAGAAUCCAGAAAGCGUAAUACUGUUUCUAUGAUGCUAACUAAAUAUGCAGCUUACAAUACUUUCCACCACUGUGAACAGUGCCAUCAAUAUAUGGACACAAAUCCUUCAGCUCCGAUGUCUGAUUCUACCCUACAUGCCUUUACAUUCUCAUCCUCAAUGUUAGGAGAAGAGAUUCAGCUACAUUUUAUCAUUCCUAAAUCCAAAGAAAACUAUUUUGUCUUCAGCAAACAGGGCAGACAUUUGGAAAGCAUGCGUCUUCCUCUUGUGUCUGAUAAGGUUAGUGAAAUCAGUCAGUGUACAGGUCAAGGAUCAACCAGUAAAAACGUAUCUCUAAAGAGUGUUCUACAGCAUAUUGAAGCCACACCCAUAAUUGUCCAUUAUGCAAUACUGGGCAUCCAGAAAUGGAACAGCAAAUUGAAUUCUAGAGCACCCAAAGCCCCCUUUUCCAGAUGCCACAUACAUGAUUUUAUGCUGCUUAACAUAGACCUGACUCAAAAUGUGCAAUAUGAUCUGAAUAGGUAUUUUUGUGAAGAUGUAGAUUUUAGUCUAAGAACAAACAGCAGUGGCUUGCUUAUCUGUUGUUUUAACAACUUCAGUCUUAUGAAGAAACAUAUCCAGGUUGGCGGUCAAAAAGAUUUUGAUAUUAAACCGAAAAUCAUGGUCUCAGAAAGUUUGACUCCACUAAUCCCUCUUCAGUAUGUUUGUGCUCCAGACAGCGAGCAUACUCUCUUGGCAGCUCCAGCUCAAUUCCUUUUAGAGAAGUUCCUUCAAUAUGCCACUUACAAGCUUUUCCCAAAGGCCAUCUACAACUUUAAAAACCCUGUCCUAGCUGUUGAUUGCUAUUUGAAUAUUGGACCUCAGGUAGCUCUUUGCUAUGUAAGUUCACGGCCACAUUCAGUUAAUGUGAACUGCGAAGGGGUGUUUUUCAGUGGCCUUCUUCUCUACCUUUGUGACUCCUUCGUUGGACCAGACUUUCUUAAAAGGUUCAAAUUCCUGAAAGGUGCAACACUUUGUGUGAUAUGCCAAGACAGGAGCUCCUUGCGUCAAACUAUUGUCCGGUUAGAGCUGGAAGAUGAGUGGCAGUUCCGUCUGAGAGAUGAAUUCCAAACCGCUAACAGCUCUGAUGACAAACCACUUUAUUUUCUGACUGGACGCCAUGUAUAAGCUUGAGUCAAAGGCACAGGAUGCAGAACCCAAUGAGCCGAAUUCUAUCUUUUUCCUUAUUUCAGUUAAUAUACAAUCACUGUGGAGCAAAGUGCAACCCAAGUUCAAUCACUAUUUUAAGGAUUUCUCCAAAUUCGGGCCCAGUUGUAGAAGUUUUCUCUCUUAUUUUAUGAUGAAAAGAGCAUUGAUCUCAAGUUAAUUCCUUCUGGGUUACUGAUUUAAAGACGCUAUACCAACUGUGACUAAGAUAUGGAGAAAUCUUUCCAAGGGGAGGGGGAAUUAAAUUACUUUUGGCCUCUGCCAGUUUGAGUUACAUGAGACACAUACAAGGCAACUGGGCCCGUCUGAAGAUGAUGUACUGAGGAAUGAUGUCCAUUUCUCUUCAUAUCUGUACUUUUGGUACGGUCUAAACUCAGGGGUUUAAAACUACAAAACACAAAUGUUUGUGUUUGAAAGAAUAAUCUUUAUUCACUUUCUGUGCAGUGUUAGGUGAAGGUUUGUAAUUUUUUUUUUAAUGUAUUGAAACUCUUUUGGCAAAAUUUCCACAAAAGUUAAAACGUUUACUUCAAAAGCCUGAACAAAUCAGUGAAUGUACGGCAGGCAUUUAUAUAAAGAUGCAGCUUGGGGGUAUCAUUUUUGAUUUAAAUCCAGAGAUCCUUUGUGAAGAGAGAAUCUGUGUAAGUGACAUAUUUUUUUUCCCUUCGACAAUAUAUAUGAAACUGGAUCCCAAAGGAGAGGCUGCGUACAAACCUGCUUUUUGCACUCAGAUCAUCACUGACCAUGGUUUGAAAAGUAUCUGUUCAGCCAGCCUAAAAUAGAUAGCUUUUGCAUAUUGUUUUCUCAGUGUAUUUAAGCUCCACCAAUGAUUUCUGUCCUCGGUGUUAUUGUAUGUUGUUUUGAAAUGGCUAAAUAACUUUCUUGUUUCUUGCAUAGCUGAAAUUCCUGAAAUUGUUUCUGCAGUGGAUGCCUCACCUGCUUCAGUUUUCUCGACUGCUGGGGAUAGAAAAAUGUUAGUUUUGUGCUUUAGAAAGAGCAUUUUACUAUUCUAUGAUGCAGAGACUGAGUAUAGAACAGGAAUAACAGGGCUUACUACGGUACUUUAUUAUGUAAUUAAACUAUAAAAGUCCUUUAGGAAUCAUUUUCCACUGAAUUGGGACCAGCAACAGAUGCCAUGCUUUCCAACAAUCUAAAACAUACCUGGAAAAAUGGGCUGGUCUAUAGGGUUUGAAGCAGUUGAACACUGGCCCAGCGGAGCUCAUACAGCUCUGUUCUCCCUACUUGCCAGUGUGAGCAAAUGGCCAAAUGGAGGCACCGUAACAGGGCAGUACUCCUGUCUGGAUCUGGCACCUUGGCACCACGCUUCUGCUCCAAAUCUCAAGUAAUUUUAGAUGGCACAGAAUUAGGGAAAUGGGAGGUAGGUCCAGAGCAUCUCUUGCUGCAAUGCCUCUUGCACUGCUUGCACAUGUCUGUACUUUGGUGGGGAACAGGAGAACUGGAGCUUUCCUGAGCUUAGCACAACUCCUUCAUAUGCAAAUACCGUGUAUGUGCUUGACUGGAUCAAGCCCUGUACUUUUUAUUUGUUUGAAUUAGAGAGAAAAGAGAUGUAUUAAAUUUUAAAUAGGCAUUAAGUUGUGUAAAAGUGAGGUUCUUUGCACCAGCACUUUGUGCUGUGAAAUAUGCUGAGUGUUUAAAUUUAAAGUCUAGUACAAUCAGGUCGUCAUACUGCAGUUAACAAUGCAGGGAGUCCUCGACUUACAACCACAAUUGAGCCCAAAGUAUCAGUUGUUAAGUGAUACAUUUGUGAAGUGAGUUUUGCCCCAUUUUACGACCUUUCUUGACUUGCUUGUUAAGUGAAUU